CUCUGCGGAAACGAACGUCAACAGUAAUCGCGACUUAGCCGCUCCCUGACUAUUCGGCACCUUACGCGACCCUUACAUCCCGAGACCAAUUCUCUUAUCAGCGCCGAAGGCCGGGCGCUUGUAGUAGGGCGCCCGCGCCAAGAUGGAGUUCUGGAAGCUUGUCCAGCAGCCAGUGCGGCAUAAGAACCUAGUAGUGAAGCUGAUGCGCGACAUUGAAAGCGGCAACUUUAUUGCGCCAAAGGCUUAUGAUGUCCUUAUAAGAUAUCCCACGGAGCAGCUGUCCCUCGGCAUGACGCAGCUACCAAAAGUGGACCUUCCAGAGAAGCCACUGAUAAAGGCUUUCCUGCAAAAGUAUCCAGAGGCCAAGUACGAGCCGGUGGCGCUGGACUCCUUCCGUCCGCCCCUGGCGCGGCGUUUCGUGCAGCGGCAGGUGCAGCUCAUGCAGGCGGGCAGCGACACGGCGUCCGCAUUCACGCAGGCGGAGAAGGAACUCGCGGAGCCGCUGAAGGCGCUCAGCAGGCCGCAGCUCAGCUCCGCCAGCGGGUCCAACCCCGUGGAGCUGCUGCUGGCGCAGGAGCAGGAGCAGCUGGACGCGGGGCUGGGGGCGCUGGCGGCGCAGAGGGCGGGGGCGGCGGCAGCGGGGGGAAGCAGCUGAGCGGGUGCAACAGGUGCUGAGUAUCGGGGCUCCUAGGCAGCAGGGGUGCUGCGCGGCGGGGUUAGUGGAUGUUAGGUUAGCAGCGGCGGAGCUGAGCAGCGCCCGGACCUGGGGAGAGGUGGAGCGGAGCAGGGGGCACAUGGGAGGCGCGCACUGCAUGAGGAGAGGUGUAUGUGCGCGGUCUGAUGAUACAAUGCGGGCCGCAUGCGUGUGGGAGCACAUGGAUGUGCAAAGGGGUCUUCCAGUGACCGGGUGGAAGGAGAGAGGCGACAGGCAGAGUGCCAACAGGGUCCUCUCAUUGCGCACCUUGUUUUGUUAAAAGGGGGAUGAGAACCCUCGCGGUAGUGGCUGUGAGCGCAUGUGGGGCUCCCCCGCAUGCAUGUGCGGAACGUGCUGGGGGGGCUGCAGCUCGGAGCUCUCCUCGGGCACUGCACCAGCUACACCACUUGCCAGGCCAAUGGUUGGACCUGCACUCAUACCUCGGGAUAUUCGGUGCUAUUGGGUGGUUGGCGGGAGGCGGCGGAGGGCAGUCACAGUGCAGCCUGUUCAUAACGCGACGGCAGCGGGCGGGUAGAGCUCUGGUGUGCGGCACCGAAGAGGCCGUUAUGAGCCUUCAUGCGAGGGGUUUGCGGAAAGGGGCGGGAGCUACGGUUAUUCGAACGGCGUGCGCGGUCGGGCCUAUCCUUGCGUAUACAUGGGCACAGCACAGUCACGUAUAGCGAUGAGCAGU